AUGUGGCGGAGCAAGAGGACAGCUAUAGCCUUAGCUUCACUCAAUAAUUGGAUUAUCCAUCAGUUAGAUGUCAACAACGCUUUUCUUCAUGGUGAACUACAAGAGGAUGUAUAUAUGAUCGUUCCACCAGGUGUUACUCCCAGAAAACCCAAUCAAGUGUGCAAGCUCAUCAAAUCUUUAUAUGGCCUCAAGCAGGCAAGCAGAAGAUGGUAUGAGAGGCUUACUUCAUUCUUGCUUCAACACAAUUACAAACAAGCCUCUUCUGAUCAUUCCCUUUUUAUCAAGAGUACACCUACUUCUUUCACACUCCUCUUAGUGUAUGUUGAUGAUGUGAUCAUAUCUGGUAAUUCUAUGGCUGAAAUCCAAACCAUGAAGACUGCAUUACAUACAACUUUCAAAAUCAAGGAUUUGGGUCAACUCAAAUACUUUCUUGGCAUUGAAGUAACUCAUUCCAAGCUUGGUAUUACCCUAUGCCAAAGAAAAUACUUCCUUGAUUUAUUGGAAGAUGCUGGCUUACUGGAUUCCAAACCUGUCUCUACACCAUCUGAUCCUUCUUGCAAACUACACCAAGAUUCUAGUUUACCCUAUCAUGACAUUCCCUCAUAUAGAAGAUUGGUUGGUAGAUAA